GCAGGGAAAACUACACAACUUGACCUUGUCUUUUAAAAAAUAAUAAUAAUAUAUUUUUUAAAAUCACUUCAGUGGUACCAGCAUUGGUCUUGACUUGACUAGUCAGUCUCCGUAACUUUCAGUUCAGCUUUUCCACACCUCUUUGGAUCAUGUUUCCUGAAUGUAUACAUCAGACAUCAGGCCAUGCAGUCGGUCCAGACAGGGUUGUGGGAUCCCCAUCCCCCGUCUAAACAUGCCUCGCCUCUCCCUGCACCCCCUACUUCCAGUUCACGCCACGCCCAUGUGACCACAGCCGCCCCAGCCAAGCGGAUAACUUUUUACAAAAGCGGCGACAGCCAGUUUGGGGGCGUCCGGAUGGCCAUCCACAAGCGCAGCUUCAAGUGCUUUGAUGCCCUGCUGGAUGACCUUUCCCAAAAGGUCCCCCUCCCGUUUGGAGUGCGGACUGUGACCACUCCCCGAGGUAUACACACCAUCAAACACCUGGAGCAGCUCCAGGAUGGUGGCUGCUACCUCUGCUCUGACCGACGCCAGGCUAAGCCCAUUGACAUGGACCUGGCCGGCAAACGCCAAGGCAUUUGGUACCAUCACAGCCGGAGGCCUCAACGCCCCGAAGCGUCCACUGGGACUCCGCCCGGCCAUUUGAAUUUGCCUCACAGGCAGAGGCGGAUUCUGCUGGUGAAGAACAGCGAGCCGGGGAUGAGGCGGAGCAUUGUGCUGAGCAGGAGGUCUACCAGGAGUCUAAGAGCUUUCCUAGACGAAGUGUCCGAGGUCAUGCAGUUUCAUGUUCGCAAGCUGUACACUGCAGAAGGACGCAGGAUUGACAGCGUGCAAAGCCUGUUGACUUGUCCUGGUGUUCUGGUGUGUGUUGGCCGGGAAGCCUUCAGCCCUAUGCUCAUAAACUUCAUUAGGAAGACUUCAGAGGAAAAGCUGCCUGGACUGGGGAGCAAGUCUCCAGGUCUCGGUCCAAGGAUUCCUGGUAACGGUGCCAGAUCUCCUGCGGCACAAGGCAUAAGGUCCCCACCUCAUGGAGCUCAGUCCAGAGCCAGUGAAUAUGAUGAAGGAAAUGAAAGCAAGAAAAAUGUAAACUUUGGUCUGGAGACUAAGAAGAGCAUCAUCCACCCUCGAUCCGAUUCUUCAAAUCGGUCUGCUCGCUUCUCUUUGUCGUCUGAAAAGUCGUACGGCGUCUUUUCCCAAGCAAGACCAGCUAUAACGAAUGAUGACAUUGAAAAGCGUGUUUUUGUUAAUAAAGACGGCAGCCUGUCAGUAGAGAUGAGGGUACGUUUUCGCCUCCAAAAUGAGGAGACCGUUCAGUGGUCCACACAAAUUAAAAAAUCGCCCUCUCUCACCAAUGACUUUUGCCCCCUGAGCCAAGCUCAACCACAUUACCUCCAGCAAGGCACAUCAGAAAGCUGUUCUGACCCUGAUUCAACAUCCUAUGAGGGUGUGGAUUAUUCCAGUCAGCCUCUGCAGCGUGUGCUGGUGGAGAACCAAUGCCAAUGUUGUUAUCAGAGACAUGAACGGCCGUUUGAUUUGUGGGAAAACCCCACGCACAAACAUCCUCCUGCCCCACCCGUUCUUUCAUCAAGUCACGCUAUGGUGAGACACACACACUCGUCAAGCUCGUCCUCUUCAUGCAAUUCCAGAAGAGUGAUUCGGUGCCGAGCGCGGGUCUCCGGGUCUCCAGGUGGCUCCGGCUCAGAACGGAGCCAGUUGGUCCAGAAAGAGAUGUGUCUUACAGAGCAGGUGGAGGAAAGAGUAGAAGUGGCCCAAGACGGGGAAACUCAAGUUGAGUUCUGCAAAGUUAGCCGAUGCUGCAGUCAGACAGAGGUGGUUGCCAUAGAUGCCAACAUUCGACCACCCAGCGAAAAGUCAGUGGAGGGCGAGGUGAUGAUGGGGGAAGAUGAAAUCCGACCACUGUCUGCAGUCAGCAGCUCUUCGCAUAUUUUACAGUCUCUGAAAGAAGACCAGGAUGAUGAGGAGGAUGAUCUGCCACCCAGUGCUUCCCAGUGCUCCCACAGAAAUGAACCGUCCUGCACUCCUACUCCAGCAAAUCACUUGGGUGAAGGACCGUCAAGCAACAUCUCCACCUGUUCAGCCCAGUCGCUCAAACGCCAGGAGCAGGAAGAAAAUGCAGGAAGUAGGGCUUUGUCUUCAGCUUCGUCCUGUCACUGUGGAGCAACUAACACUCACUCAACAGCUGAACCAGAGGAGAUGGAUCGAGUCCCCAGCUCGAUGUCCCAGGAACCCAAGAACCAAACAUCAGAAGAAGAAGCAGCAGCUGCAAUUGACAAUGAAGAAAUUAACAGGGGUCUUAGUGGCUUAUCCCAUAACACAGGACUUUCAGCAGGUUCUCGAAAAUCAUGGACAUCCAAUGUUUGCUCAAACUGUGGAGGCUGCAAACGUGCAAACAGCGCAAUGUCAGCUCAGUCCAAGAGCACAACUGAAGCUCUACUUACAAAGUCAAAUUUAGAAAAAGAGGGAGAGAACACAGCAGAACGAACAACCAGUUCCAUGUCAAAGAAGUCCAGUGCCUCAGUCAAGUCCCAUAAAUCUGGUUGCUUGUCAGUUGCUAGAGAGGUGUCCCCGUCAAACAACACAGUUGCAGAAGAAGGCCACACAGACAAAAGAGCUCAGAGUGGCCUCUCUAUGAAGUCAAAUGCAUCUAACAAGUCUGGAAAGGCUGAAAGUGUCCGGUCAAAUAAAUCAGAUAAAUCCAAGGCUUCAGCAAGAUCUUGUAAGCAGUGUGCAAAAGCUCUAACUCCAGAAAACAAGGAGGAAGAUGUACUGAAUGAUGCAACAGAAGAGCGGGAAGAAUCAGGAGUGGAGGAAAGAUCAGCAAGUGCACUGUCAGCAACAUCAAAACUGUCUGCCAAGUCUAACAGAUCCCAUAGGUCCACUAAAACUUUGGAAAAAUCCACUUCCCCCAGGUCAGAAACUGGGGAGGACGCAGAAGAAAUCACAACCAGUCAAAUGUCUGGAAGACUAUCUGUUCAUUCCAUAAAAUCCUGCAAGUGUAAUGAUAAUGGCGAAGCACCAUCUCCAGCCUUAGGAGUGGGAAACAAUGCAGAAGAAAUGCAGUCCAGGCCAGAAAGCAUAAUAGAAGAUAAUUUAGAAAAUAACAACAGGUCAACCAGUGCUAGGUCUUGUAAAUCAGAUUAUUCUGCUAAAUCAAACAAUACAAUUGAAAACAGAUCCCCGAGUGCUAAUUCACAAAGAUCACACACCUCUGCUAAGACCUCUCAGUCAAAGAGGUCAAACCAACCAAGAGAAUCUCAGAAUGACCCCAAUGUUACUUUGACUGAGACAAAGAAGGAGGAGACUGACAUUGAAGAUCGUGAGGCUUUGGAGAGCGCCAUGUCUGUAAAAUCAAAAUCUUCAGUCAAAUCUGACGUUUCUAGUAAAAAUCGCUCAGCUACAAAUGCUGUCACCAUCAAAACACCAGAAGGAGCUGAUGAGACAAAAGGAGAACCUGAUUCUGAUGUUGCUUGUAUUGAAACCUCACAAACUGGUAACAACAAGGAUGAUGCUGCAAUAAAAGGCACAUAUACUAUAGACCCUGAUGGCCAAACGCUCUCACCAAAAAGAAAACCUUCAUCCCGCUCACAUUCCCCCUCCUCCAGAGCUUCUCAAUCCCCUGUGCAAAAGUUGUCACCAAAUUCCGGUACUGGUGAGCAAAGAGGGCCCAGUUCGUUGUCUGUUCACUCCAAAACCUCUAGCAAAGUAAGCAGAUCCAGGUGUCGUUGUGAAACAGCUUCACCUGUUGAAAAGGAAAAUAAAGAAGAAGACAGAAAAAGUGAGGGAGCACAGUCUUGCUCCUCAAAAAGACAAAGGAAAGAAUCGGGAUGCACUGAUCAACCUUUGAGUCGUAACUCAUCAGGUUCGAUAUCUUUAGGGUUGCCAGAGGAUCAGGAAACAGCUGAAUCAGACUGUGCCAAAUCUAGUGUGUCUUUUUGCAAUGGCGAGACGAAAAGCCCUUCUCUCCACAAUCCUCCAGUGGUUGAUAUUCCAAUUAUUGAAACACCCAGAGAAGGUGAAAAGGGUGAUGAAGAGGGUGGGGAACAACCGAAUGAAAGACCAGCCAGUGCAACGACAGUCCAAAGCAGCAGGUCUCAAAAAUCCUGUUCUAACUGUAGUGUCAAAUCAGCAGCUCAGUCUAAGGGGAAAAGCAGCAGUCCUAACCCCACAAGCAUAGACAAAGCAGAAAGUGUGAAAUCUGCUGCAACAACAGAUGCAUGCAAAAUGGACACCCCAAAGAGCAGGAGCUCCUCUGUAAUGUCAGGCACACAAGUUUGUGGGAAAUCCCCUUCUGAAACGACUUCCAAUGUUCCUACAAGUACCGGAAACCAGAAAACCAGCAGACCAGGAAGUAAGACCAAAGGAGAAGAAGACAAAACAAGUGUCCACUUCCAAAGUCCAUGUGGUCCAAGGCCUGAGUCAACAGCUUCGGUGCAGUCAGAGACACAAAGAACUUCAGAGGAGAAGAAUAUGGCUUUGGGGUCGGUCAAAUCUGGAAAUGACAAAUCCCACAAUGAACAUGAGUGUGGAAGUACCAAACUUUCCAGUUCCAGGCAAAAAGAAACCCCCCCCAAAUCAACAAGUCCUUGUUCCUUACACAGCCCCAGGCCAGCCAGUAAAGUCAAACCAGGUAGCGGAAGCACUCUGUCUCACUCUCUGUCUGCUGCCGACCUACUGAAGGAAACUUUGGCUGCUGCUCGCCAGCAGGACUGCCAAUCAAAAGCCAGUAAAACCAGUGACAAAGCCCACAGUGAGAAGAGUGGGAGAUCUCAAAGAAGCAGAAGUCGAAAGGAUCGGGAAGACGUGGUAGAAGUGACACCUGACUGUUUGCCCAAUGCAUCUCCCAAUGAAGUUGUUAGCGACUGGCUGCGGAGCAUUCCUGCUAAUACUAGCAUGCUCACACUCGAUAAUGAGUUAAAUGAUGAAGAAACUGAGGAGGGGGCAAAGAAAACGGAGGAGACACCAACAGAAGAGGUAGGAACAGGGGAGAUGAGUCCGGAGGACAAGAAGGUGGAACUGGAGGAGAAAAUAGAGCCACAAGAGGAAGAAAAAAAGGAUGAGGUCAAAGGUGAUGGAGUCGGUCCGACUUUGGGUGACACAGCGGAGAUUUCUUCUCGUUCCAGGAACUGGCAUUCAUCUGCCGCCGUGAUGAAAGUCCUCUUGAGCUCAUCUCUGGGUCGAUGUCGGAGCAUGCCUGAGGUGUCUCCAGUUUAUGGCCGCAGACUGAGCACAUCGGCCAGGGGGCUUUUGGACUGCUUGGCCCAGCUGCAGCUCAUUGAGCCUGCAGUCAGCAGUCAUGAACAGAAGGACCGCAAGCAGCAGUACGACGAGAUUAUGGCCAUUCUUCAGUCCCUGUGGCUCACUGAACCACACAACAUCAACGUCAAGGACACUAAAGACGGCGGCACAGACCAGGUGACUCCACCGAGGUCCUCAUCUGGAGUGGGUAUGAGCAGUGGCUCGGGCGGAUCGGGUGGAGAGAAAAGCAAUGGGAACCAAGGAGAAGACGAAGCACCCAGGAAAGAAACCGAAUCUCUGCAGGAGGAAGAAGCGGCGGAGAAGGUUGUUGAAGAGGAAGAUGAAAAUGCAGCAGCUGGACAAGUCGAAGUGGAGACAGAAGUUGAGGAAACAGAUAAAACAGACACAGCUGAGGAAGUGAUGAAGAGUGAAGAGCAAAGUAUUCUUCCUCUUGACAGCUCAAAAGCAACUGAAAACCCUUCAUUAUCGGAAAAGAGCUUUCCCAACGACAGCUCCAAGUCCCCCACAGACAACGAAAGAGACACGCAGGAGGACUCCAGCUCAGGGACUCCUCCUUCUGCUCCUCGGCCACCCUUAUCCAAACGUCUAUCCCAAGACCCCGAUCCAGUUUGGGUUCUGCACCUCCUGAAGAAGCUGGAAAAGCAGUUCAUGUGCCACUACAUUGAGGCCAUGGAGGAGUUUAAGGUCCGCUGGGAUCUGGACGACAGCCUCAUCCUGGACACCAUGAUCUCCGAGUUGAGGGAGGAGGUGAGCCGGCGCAUCCAGAGCAGCAUCCAGCGGGAGAUGAGGAAGAUCCAAAGCCGAGCCGGGAAAGCGGGGAGGUCACCUCGGCCGCCGCAGCUCGCAAACAUGUCUCGGGAUUCUACCAUGACGGAGAAGAGGCGCCGCAUGCUCAAGGUGAUGAAGAACCAGUCAGUGAAAACCGCAGAGUCUCUCACUGAAGAGGACAUGGCGGCUGAUUUCAGUGACCAGCGAAGCGACGACGAGUACUGCCCCUGCGAAGCUUGUGUCCGCAAGAAAAUGGCCGCCCGGCCAUUCAAGAUGAACCCGCUGGCGGCCGAAGCUCCUGUGAUGAUGGAAUUCGACCUCCUGAAGAUCCUUCAGCUCAAGAAAAGCCCGUUGCCUCCUUCUUCUGUGCCGAAACCUGCAGAGGAGGAAGAGGCGGCUACAGAUGAAGAAGGAAGGAAUUUAGAGGCAGUUGAAGAAGAAGAGGAAGAAGAAACCAAAGAGGAUAUAAAAGCUGAUGUUGUACUAGAGGAGACAAUACCAGAGGAGGAUGAGGAGGAUGAGCAGGAAAAUGUUGAGGAGAGCAGAGAUAGAGAACAGGAAAGAGAGGAAAAUAGUGCUGAAGAUGAGGAGGUGGGAACAGAUGAGCAAGAAGAGACAUCAGAAAAUGCAGAGGAGGAGGAUGAAGGACUGUGCACUUGUCAGUCUGAGAGCAACAAAGAAGAAGAGGGUGAAGCGGGGGAAACGAGCAACUGCACUGAUGAAGGAGAGGAAGAAGGAGCAGGAGAAGAGGAGGAAGAAGAGAGCGAUAGAGAGACGGUGAAGGAGGCAACAACAGGCGACAAGGAGGCGGAAUCAGAGGAUGACACAUCAGCGACCGAUGGAGAGCCAACGCUGGCGGAGGAGAUGAUGCGGGGAAACGUCGGCGCAUCUGCAGAGGAGGAAGAUGAAGGCACAGGAGAGGAAGAGGAAAAACAGGAAGAGAGUGAGGAGAAGGAAGGAGAGAAUUCUGAGGAGGAGAGAGCUUCACCGCAGAGCCAAGGUGCGAUUCCCACUGCAUGCGUGACGGAGGGCGAAGAGGCGGACGCUGAAGACUCUGAUGACAGUAAACAUCACGGCGAUGCCAGCGCUGACGAAUCGGGGGAAGAGGAAGCGAAAAGCAGCAGAGAAGAUGGGCAGGAAAAUGGAGUAGAGGAGUUUAGACCUGAGCAAGAAAGUGAGGAGGAGGAGGGGAAGGCAGCCGAAGGCAAAAACGAGGACGGGACUCUGCUCCACCAGUUCACCAGAACCUCAGUGGAGUCCCAGCCUGGAUCAAUGGAAGACGUGGACGUGGAUUUACCUUCAAACUCUAAAGUGGUCGACAAUGCUGUGGUCAAACGGCCGUAAAACCAAAGAGUGAGGAGACCGACCUCAGACUUUUGGUUUAAGACUCUUCAACACUUGAAGCACUUUAACUUCUCCAGAUUUAAAAUAGACGUCGUCAUCGUGACUUUUUCACAUGUUGUCAUGUUGCAAUCUCAAACUUUAAUCUGUUUUAUUGGAGUUUGAUACAAUAGAUCAAAAUCAAAUCAGUUCAAAUGAAAAUUAAAUCAGGUCAAAUCUAUGGACUGGAUUAUUGUGGAUUAAAUGCAAAUUAUUCAAAUUUCCCCAAAUUCCUAGAACAUUGAAUUUAACACAUAUUUCUGCUAAGUAAUGGUAGAAACAUAAAUUCAUAGGAUAAAUAGAAACUCAUGUCACACUUUUCUAAUAUUUUUGUUGAUAAAUAUGGAAAACUGUGCAUUUUUCUUCUUUCAUUACACAAUAAUCCCAUUGACGACUGCAGCCGUAACAUGACAAAAUGUGAAGAAGCUUAAGAAGUAUUAAGAUUUUAUUGCAGCACACUGAUUAUAGAAACCUGAAACUUGAAGAACUUUUACUGGAACCAUAUAACUUAUAUUUGUUUCAAAGCUAAUCACAAGUAUUGAGAAACAUGUUGAACAUAUUAUUGAUAUUUGACUUAGGUUUCGUUGACCAGAGGUUGAGCAUAAAUCAAAUCAUAGCCAAUCAUAUUUGAAGUACCUCAGAUAUUUUGUUUUUUUCCUUUAGUGAACCACUUCCUGUUGGUUUAUCUGUGUUCAUUUCUUUUUUUUUUUUUUUUUGUUUUGUUUCAUGAAGUACAUGCUGUAUUCUCAGGGGUUUGGACAACCAGUUUGCUGUAGACAGAUCAUCUCCAAGCUAUUACUUAACAACCUAAAUCUGUACCCUGCUGGCAAGUCAACUGUUUAAAUCUGCAAAAACUCUGUGAUGUAAGUUGAUUACCUAAACAAAAUCGAUAUCUACUUUCUCGCAUAUGCAUCAAGGACAGAGAGAAUUUGUUCCUUUGUUUGAUGAAAGCCUCUUAUUUCUGGUAUUAUUAGGUGAGACGGGGUGUGUGCCUACGCUGCUACUGGUUCUAAUGGGUGUCCAUUAAUCUGGGUCAUCACUGAUGAAACUAACUUAGAGCUCACUGAUAAACAGCACGACUGUAAUCGUAACGACCUCAAUAAAAAUGAAUAAUCAAAUGGCCA